AUGGAAGGAGAUACCGAAUCGAUCACCUUGCUGCUCGAAGCGGCGCCAUCGACCAUGAAUCGUGCCACGAAAGGGGGCAUGACGCCCCUGUGCGUCGCUUGCGAGUUCGGGCAGGCGCAGGUUGUCUCCCGUCUGCUGUCUGCCGAGGCAACGAGCAAAUGGAUGCCGUGCCCCCUCGCGACCGCCACCGCCAACGGGCAUGAAUCCGUGGUCCGAGUGCUGCUUGGCACCAAGGAGCGGAUAAAAGCGUUCGGAGGCGUGGACAAGCUUCCCUCGGCUUUGUGCCACGCUGUCCAGAAACAUAAUUCAUGCGCAAUCCUGCUCGUUUUGCUCUCAUCCUUCCACCGGACACAUUUCGGCAUGCCAGUCAGCGUAUAA